AUGGCAAGCACCGCUGAUAGAAGCCGCCUACGGCGCGAAAGAACAUUCGUCGGAAGUGAAUGUGCGGUUUGCGAAGAGCCUCUCGAGCAUACACUCCAAGGCGAGCGUAUCUUGCAGUUCUCCUGCUCCCACGUUUCCCAUGAAGCAUGCUUCUACGAAUAUAUCCGCGAACUUGACGGGCAAUAUUGCCCGACUUGCGAAGCACCGCUGCAUCUUGACACUAGUCGAGGCGGCAACGUUGUUGACAUUAGUUCGUCUCCCAAGACAGCGAACGAUUUGGAACUGGGCACUAACUCGGAGGUAGACAAGAUCAGUAACCUUGUACGAACCGGGGGAAGCGAUACAAGAUCUACGCCUACACCGACUCCGGCUUGGGACAGCCAAACAGUACGACCACCGAGCCUUGACAGCUCUCAGAGAAGAGCCCAUUCUCAGCAGCCGAGCAGCCUUGGACGAGAAAGCGGGACACGAGGAAGCCACCGCGACAGCCGAGACGCAGCAUUUUCUGAUCGAUACAGUUCUUCUAGACAUGCCCGAAGCGAUAGCGAAGCCACUGGGGUGGCUUCGUCUGGCGGGUAUCCUGAAACGAUGCAGAGCAUACCUUGGCGACAUGAUUAUGAUGUGCAAGCGAUGGAAACAACUCCCGGCAGUCCGCGUACUAUCUCCCGAAAUCCAAUUCCUUCUCCAAUCGUUACAGUUCGAUCAGAGUUUCCUACCAUCAAUCGUUCUCGACAACAGCAGACCCUCACUUGCUUGGUCACGGUGGAGGUUGCGGACAACAAAUGGAAGCCUGAUCCGGAGGACAUCGGUUCGUCGCCGCACCAAGCAGAACAAGUUAGUUCUAGGAUUGAUAAAAUUGCGGCACGAGCGGUGACACCUACGCCAAGCGCCCCGAGGUUUAUUCCUUACGAGCCUCCCGAGGUUCUGGAGGAGAUGACGGAGAAUUUGCGAAACCGUGUUGACAACUGGCAUGGCUUGGAUUUUAGCAGAUUCGGCCAGCUGAGGUUGUAUGGCACUUUGCGAGUUGGUAAAGACAAGGUUUCGUGGCAGGAGCUCGAGUGUUACCUGUUCGCCGAGAUGCUUAUCUGUGUGAAGGAGAAAAAGCUGCCUCCUCAAGCUAUCACGCAGUGGGAUGAUAGUGGUGCUCCUAGAAAGGCAACACGCUGUACACUCAAGGGCAGUAUCCUUAUCAAAAAGCAUCUGAAUGAGGUGUCCGAAACAGGGACCAUUGAUGAGAAUGUCUUGACUCUUAGUCUCUCUGUCGCCGAACUGCCACAAUUUCACCUCCGCUUCGACAACAGAAACCAGCUUAAGCUGUGGAACCAAGCACUUUUGGAUCUGAAUGCAGUCGAAAACUCUCUUUUUCGAAGCCCUGAGUUUGAUCGUGGCGAGAUGUCUGAAGGGGACGAGGAAGUGGAGUGGCAACGAUCACGGCCACAGGGGGUCUCCUCUACCGCCUCGUCAUGGGGGCCGAAAUCCGUCACCACUGCGCCUACAGAGUAUACUAACUUCGCAGUCAAGACACCUCAUCAUCCGUAUUCCCUGGUGCAUGUCCCAAUUGAUGUGGUAGUGGUUGUUCCAAUAUCCUCGUCUAUGCAAGGUGUGAAGAUCAACCUUGUUCGCGACGCGUUGAAAUUCAUGGUCAACACCCUUGGCGAGCGAGAUCGCAUGGGGCUCGUCACGUUCGGGUCUGGUGGAGGCGGAGUGCCUAUUGUCGGUAUGACCACAAAGGCGUGGCCAGGCUGGAGUAAUAUCCUUUCUUCAAUCAAGCCUGUUGGUCAGAAGAGUCAUCGUGCCGAUGUUGUUGAGGGCGCAAACGUCGCCAUGGAUCUGCUUAUGCAACGCAAGCAUAACAACCCCAUUGCAACAAUUAUGCUCAUCAGCGAUGCGUCAACAGCGGAUGCUGACUCGGUUGAUUUUGUGGUGUCUCGAGCAGAGGCUGCCAAAAUCACCAUUCACUCUUUUGGAUUAGGUAUGACUCACAAACCUGAUACUAUGAUUGAAUUAUCUACGAAGACAAAGGCAUCCUACACCUAUGUGAAAGACUGGAUGAUGCUAAGAGAAUGUCUCGCUGGCUGCUUGGGAUCGAUGCAGUCUCUAUCCCAUCAAAAUGUGAAGCUGAAGUUGAAGCUCCCGGAAGGUUCACCUGCCAAAUUCCACAAGAUUAGCGGAGCCCUACAAAUGACCAAGAGGGCCAGCGGCCGUGAUGCAGAAGCCGCCCUAGGCGACCUGAGGUUUGGCGACAAGCGAGAUAUUCUCGUUCAACUUGUCAUUAUGCCAGACAGUACGUCCCAAGAGCAACUCCCACAAGACCCAUGGGAUAACAUCGUGUCCGGAUUGGAGGCGCUUGGUGGUUCGGUAGAGAACGAUGCAGAGCGAACAUUAUCCGUUGAAGAGGUGCCGUUGGUUCAGGCUGACUUGAGCUGGGGUGAUAUUCUCCGUGAAGGUACUCUUCAGCACAUGCCACGGCCAUCCCUUCUGGCAAUCACUAUGCUGCCUCCAAGCUCCAGCCAAAAGAAGACCUGGCAUAAUUCCCCACCGAUUCCACCACAUCCUAGCAUUGUCCAGCGCCGCAUGGAGCUGCUGACGUCGGACAUGCUUACGCGGGCACUAACCUUGGUAAGCCGAGGCCAGCACGACCGCGCCCAUACCUUGUUGAGCGAAACGAGAUCUAUUCUCAAGGGUUUGGGCAAAGGCGGACUGCCUCCAGUGCCACCUCCAGGGAAUAAACCUAGUCCGCCAACAACACAUCCGGGCAACGAUUCGUCGCCCAAUCCGGCUGGAACCCCAGAUCGGAAGGGCAGCCCAUCUCCUACCUCCGCCACCUCUUCUGGCGGAAAUGGCUAUCCGGGAACUCAGAUCGCUCGAAGUCGCUCUACCGACGGUCUUGGACUUGGCAAUGGUAUAGACCCAGGCACGGUGGCCGCUUUGGACACUGAAUUGGAGAGCAGUCUGGAGUGGAUCAACCACCCAGCCGUCUUUGGACGGGAUAGCCGUAAGGCUGUUCUGCAGGCUAUUGGAGUUAUCAGCUCUCAGCGUGCGUUCACUUUCCGAACGCCGAUUGAGACCCUCUGGUCUGGCCGCGUGAGUGGUAUCCGGCGCCUCGCUGAUAAGAGCAGGGAGUGGCGAGAGGAAGGCGGAGGCGAAGGUGGCAUCAUGGAGGAAGCAUAG